AUGGCUAGUGAGGAGAGUUUCGUAGUGUUGGUUCACCACAGAGGAUCCAUUAAGAGGAAAACUCGUUCCGGUGUGAAGUUCACUGAUAAGGAUCCUCUCUGUAUUAUCGUCAGGCCUACGACGAGGUAUGAGGACCUUGUUAGUUCUGUACUGCUGAAACUUGGUCUAGAAGGUGUGAAACGGGAAACCGUGAAGUACGAUUGUUUCACAAUCGGGAGUGAUGAGGACUUGCAGGUCAUGUUUCAUUGUCACCGGCAGUUUCUAGAGGUGAGGACACCAGAACUGUUGGCAAAGUUGGUUGACGCGUGUGCUGUACCGGCUGGGAUUGGAGAUGGAUUCUUGGAUGAUCCAGAGGACGAUGAUGUCGAGCCAGAUAUGAUUGCUGAUGACAGUGGCGAUGAUGUUGGAGCAAGUGAACCUGCUGGGGCAGGCAGUGGAGGGGUUCCUGGGCAGCCGAUUGGAUUUAGCGCUAGAGAUGCUGAAGGGUCUGCAGGUCUGACAGAGUUUCAGGUUGGUCAGCAAUUUCCGGAUAAAGAAGAGGCCCUCUUAAGUGUCAAGACUUAUAGCUUCCGUCGAGGGGUACAGUACAAGGUCGUGGAGUCUGACUACCGCUGGUAUGUGGGCAAGUGUUCUGAGUUCGGCAAUGGCUGCACAUGGUUGAUUCAGCUUAGUCUCCGACAGCGAAAGGGAGUUUGGGAGGUCAAACGUUACAACGGACCGCAUACUUGUCUCGCCACCUCCAUUUCCAGCGACCACAGGAGUUUGGAUUACCAUGUGAUAUCGGCAUUCAUUAUGCCAAUGGUUAGGGCUGAUGCAUCCGCCAACAUAAAGGUGCUCCUAAAUGCCACCGCCACACACUUUAGGUUUAGGCCGACUUACAGGAGGGUCUGGUUGGCGAAGCAGAAGGCUGUUGCCCUCAUCUAUGGUGACUGGGAUGAGUCGUACAACGAGCUCCCAAGGUGGGUGUUAGGAGUCCAGUUGACGAUGGCUGGUACUGUUGCAGUCCUAAGGACGAGCCCUGUUCGUGUCGGUGGACAGAGAACGUUGCUUGUCGCGAUUGCACAGGACGGGAACUCCAACAUACUCCCUGUUGCAUUCGCAUUAGUCGAGGGUGAGAAUGCUGAGUCGUGGUCCUUCUUUCUCUCCCACUUGCGUGAGCAUGUGACACCGCAGCCGGGUCUGCUGGUUAUCUCGGACAGGCAUAACGGCAUCAAGGCUGCGCUUGAGGCUCCUGACGGAGGCUGGUUACCUCCGUCUGCAUACCGGGCAUUCUGCAUUCGACAUGUUGCGGCAAAUUUCGCCUUCACCUUCAAGGGCAAAGAUGCAAGGAGGCUGCUUGUGAAUGCGGCGUACGCUAAGACCGAGGUCGAGUUCCAUUACUGGUUUGAUAUUCUUAGGUCCGAAGACCCGGCGAUGUGUGACUGGGCAAACCGGAUUGAGUAUUCGUUGUGGACACAGCAUGUGAUGAGGGGCGUAGAUUCGGACACAUGA